CAAGGGCUGUGUGUUUGAGAGAAGGAGUGUUUAGGUGUGUACAGUGUUGUCAUGCUUGUUUCCUGUUGAUUAGUAAUCUAUCGCUUGGGGGUCUGAACAGUACCUGAGUAAUACAGGCUUCUUACUUAUUUUUGUCUAAGCCCAAGUUCCCUCUUUCCAUCGCCCUUCUUGCACUUUGUUACUCUUCAUCCGGUUCGUCUUUCUCUCAAGUGGUGUUGCCUUACCUUGUAAUCAGCCAGAUCCAGGAACCAGUUACUCUAUAACUUGAACUAGGGAAGAAAAACAAUGAAAAGGGCAGCACAUGGUUCACUGCGGUGCUGUCAGACCACUGGGAUAAAUGAGGAGAAGACGGCACUGUGCUUUCCUGCUUCAUUCCACGUAAAUCUGACACGAUAGCCUGAUUCAUUUGCCCCAGGAUAGUCCCUAUGAGCUUUCCAGGAGGUCAGGAGCCAUAAUUAUGUGUUUGCUGCAUCAGAAAAAGUUAGUUCUCUGCUUCCUGUUUUUGUUCAUCCUGCUCGGGUCCUACAUGAUGCGUUCAAACAAGAAGAAUACGCUGUGGCCAAAAGACCUGGUCAUCCUCAAUCCCCCCAGCAGUGUGACUAAAAGUGUGCAUCACACAACCAAAUCUCUGGAGGAACCCCCAAAAUUAACCAAACCCACAAUCAAACCAGCCAAGUCCAGUGUCCAAGAAGACAACUCCAUAAUCCAAUCAGCCAAGUCUAUAGCCAAAAAAGACAACUCCAUAAUCCAACCAGCCAAAGAUAAAGAAGUAGACUUUUUUGGAGACAAAUACACCACUGAUAAUGAUCUCCCACAAACUGACUGCCCAACCAGCAUUCAGAAAAAGCUGCACACUAAUCUUGCUGAGAAGUACUUGGCCAAUGUGCCAGUUCUGCAGUGGGCGAAGCAUUUCUCCAUUUCUGAAUAUGAGAGGCUACGGCACUAUCACGGAGCUCAUGGGUGGGGUAGCGUUGAUUUGAAUCUUCUUCAGAGUUCACUGGCCAUAUUAAACACCUCCGCUAAUCGGCUGAUGUUUGACGACUGGGAGAGAAGACCAAACAGAUCGAAGUGUAUCCGCUGUGCUGUGAUAGGAAACGGGGGAAUUCUAAAUGGAUCAAAGAAAGGUGUGGAGAUUGACCAGAAUGACUAUGUGUUCAGGACAAAUGGUGCAGUUAUUAAAGGCUUUGAGGAGGAUGUUGGCUCACGUACCUCUUUCUAUACCUUCUCCACUAACACCUUACGCAACUCUUUGAGAGGUUAUGCACACUUGGGAUUUAAAGCUCCCCCCAUGGGCAAGGAAACCAGGUACAUUUUCCUUCCUGAUCAUGACAAGGACUAUAUUCUCAUGAAGGCUGCCGCCAUACAUGCAUCAACUGAGACAGGAACUGAACAGGGUGUUGAGCCAAAGCAGUAUUUUGGAGAUGACGUGACUGUAGAGAAGCUUAAAAUGUACCACCCUGAUUUCAUCCGUUACCUCAGGAACAGGUUUCUGCAUUCACACACACUCAAUACCAAAUAUAAAAACAUCUACAGGCCGUCCACCGGAGCAGUGAUGCUGCUGGCUGCUUUACAUACAUGUGAUGAGGUAAAUGCCUAUGGAUUUAUGACGACGGACUACCAAAAAUAUUCGGACCAUUACUAUGACAAAAGCUUCCAUCCAGUACAAUUCUUUGCGAACCAUGACCUGCAAAUGGAGUUGAAACUGUGGAUGCAGCUGCACAAGGCAGGCCUGAUAAAGCUCUACAUGCGAAACUGAAUGCAGCGCUCACCCGGACCCAAAUGAAAACACGGCACCGCCUGAUCCCUCCCAUGAACUGAGGCGUUAUAUACUGUGGCAAAAACAUUGUGGUGUUUAUGGCAUCUGGAUUUGGCCUUUUUCAGCUAAAUAGAGUAUUAAUGAAGAAGAAAGGUCCUUUUUUUAUUGCCUUGUAAAUCUCUUCAGGUACCAGGACAGUAUUGGAGGCAGUAAUGUAAUGGCAAUAAUAAUAAUAAUAAUAAUACAAGAUGCCUUAAUGCAAAGCUAAAAUGCCAAGAUUUGGCUUAGUUGAAGGAGUUGGGGUGUGUGUGGGUAUGUGUGAGAGUGAGUGUGAGAGGCUCUUCAAUGAAAGAGCAAUGUGCAAUGAUUGCUUGGAAUACAGUCCUGGAAGUUUUAAUAUCAAUCCCAUCCACUGAAACCCAAAGACCAGCCAUUUAUGUUGAGAAACAUUUAAGACACGUGUGUGCCAAUCACUGUGUAAUUUUACACAAUAACCGAAAAAUCAUUGUGGAUUAUGAAGAAUACUUUUGCUACCUCUAGGAAAACAGAGCUAACUCUUGGAAAUACAGUCCCUGAAAUAUAUGCUAACGGUUGAUGAAGUUCAUUUAAAAUGUUACCAACAUUCUGAGUGGAAAAACAAGUGAAGUGGUAUUUUAUAACGCUAUAAAUUAUAGAUACUAUUUUUUCCUGCCAUGUGAUUGUUUUUGUAAAUAGUACAUUAAUCAUGUAAAGUGCUAUUUGGUCCAUUAAAAAGAAGGGAAAAAAACUCUA